UGGGUCUGCUACCAGAAAAGGAAAUAAAGGGAAAUACAGGAAACUGUACAAUGCCAAUCAAUGCUAAUCAAUACAAAAUAUUCUUUUGACCAUUCCAUCCAUAAUCACCGCCUUAUACCAUCCAUAAUCACCGCCCUAUAAUUUAAUUAAAUAAAAAAGAUGCUUCUUUCUUCCUCAACAGUCAAUCCAAGUCAAGCUCACCUCAGUUCCUCCAUUUUCCUGUAUUUUCCAGUCUUGGCCUCUGAUUUUCACUUACAUUACCCAACCUUCUUAUCCUCCCAUUUCCAUUGUUGAUUUUGGCAGGAUCUCGCUGUAUUAUGAGCAAGAUUAUAAGACUUGUUUAGGAUCACUGGGUAGAAGUACCAGCUGCCAUUUCCACCGACACUAAUUGCAUCUGCCAUUGUCAAGAACAAGACAUUCCAGAUGAUUCCUAUAAUCAUUUCUGGCCUGAUUUUGAUGAAGAAGAGAAUGAUGAUAGAGGUGGUUCCUCCUCAUGUUAGGGAAUUUUGGAAGGAGUGGGAACUCGUAGGGGCAGCUCUGCUCAGCCUUACACUCCAAAUAGUUCUCAUUAAAACGGGCAGCCACAGGAAGUACAUUCGUGGAACUUGGUUUAGAGUUAUUGUUUGGCUUGCCUAUAUGAUGGCUGACUCUGUAGCAACUAUAGCCCUGGGUAUACUAUCAAAUGACCUCGGGCAAAUAUACUAUGAGGAAGGUUUUAAUAAUUUGGGUACUAAUGCUUUGAAAUAUGAUGAUAGAGGUCAGAUGAAUGGGUGUACCAAGGCUCAUACUAAAGAAGGUACUGAGUUCAGAGCAUUCUGGGCACCCUUUUUCCUGCUGCAUUUAGGUGGUCCUGAUACAAUCACUGCCUACUCCUUAGAAGAUAAUGAGUUGUUCCUCAGGCACCUUAGUGGACUAAUAGUCCAGACAAUUACUGCACUGUACAUCAUCUUGCUUGCCUGGACAAGUUCUCAUAUUUCUUACCUAUCCAUUGUAGUGAUGGCAGUAGGCUGCAUCAAGUAUGGGGAGAGAACAUUGGGCCUUUGGAAAGCAAGCUGGAAUAAACUCCGAAGUACUAUCAUCACUGAUGCAGAUCCUGGCCGAAACUGUUCAAGGUUUAUGGAAGAAUAUAGCUUGAGAGAUGAGGAGGAGUUCUUUGUGGAAAUAAUAGAAACGGAGGGUCAGGGUAACUUGGAUGGAAUUGUGCCUGAACCACCUCCUGAUAUGGUCAAGGUUCAUGACCUAUUUCAGAUAUUCAAGCGUUUGUUUGUAGAUCUAACCCUUAGCUUUCAUGACCGACACAGAAGCCUAGCUUUUUUCAUGAAAAUGUCUGAUGAAAAUGCUUUCAAAGUGAUCGAGAUUGAACUAGGAUUCAUGUUUGAUCUGCUGUAUACAAAGGCAGCAGUCAUUUAUACUCGCUGGGGUUUUGCUCGGCGUUUCAUCACUUUCUCCCUCACCUGCUUUGCUUUUCUGUCUUUGAUCCUUGAUGACAAACUGCGGCAAAAAAGCAAAACGAUUGAUUUUGUAGUCACUUUACUGUUGCUUGUUGUAGCUGUUUGGCUAGAAAUAUAUGCAGCUAUCGUUGUCCUUGUCUCGGAUGAAACCAGAACUUGGUUGAUUAAGCGUUGGAAGAAGACUAGCACUGCACAAUCAUCAAACAGUUGUUUUAAAAAAUGGUUCAAGUGGUUUAAGGUGAAAAGGUGGUCAAAGUCCAUGGCACAGUACAGUCUAUUGCAGCUUAGCCUUAAGGAAAAAUAUAGCAUUAUUAGUAUAAUUGAAGAAUUUCGUUAUAAAAACUACGAAAAGUUCACUGAGGAAUACAGAAAGCUGAUCUUUAAACAUGUCAAAGAAAAGUUUGAUGAGUUGGAAAAAAAGGUAAGACAAGAGGGGAGCAGCAGGAGCGCAUUUGAUACAGCUAUCACGGAGAUAUGCAGCCAAAGGGGUAAAGACAUAAUUGAGAAAUAUCAGAAGAUGAAACGUGAGGUUGUUCUUGACUGGAGUAUCCUUGAAUGGAGUGUAAGUGUUGAAUUUGACCAAAGUAUCAUUAUCUGGCACAUGGCUACCGAAAUCUGCUACUACUCUCAAGAACUUUAUGGUGAAGUCGAAGCAAGCAGAGAAUUUAGCCUGCACAUGUCAAGGUACAUGUUUUAUCUCUUAACCAUUUGUCCCUUCAUGUUACCUGUAGGGAUUGGGUUUAUGAGGUUUCGAGACACUAGUACUAAGGACAUGGAAUUUCGAGACACUCUUGCUGAGGCCAUGAGAUUUUUCAAGGAACGAACGUGUGAAGGAACUGGACCUGCCCUCCGUAAACUUUUGAGGAAAAUAUGGUAAAUUUCUUUGUAGGUUCUCAAUCUUUCUAACAUGAGAAAUUUCAAUCCUAACCUUCAUUUUGCUUCACCUUACUAGUCCUUCUGUUAAGUUUAGAAGUUAGGUAUGAACAGCAGUCUUUCAUGGCAGUUAAUGUUCCCCAAAAACCUUUAAUUUUUUGUUCUGAGUAGAUAUGUUAUCAC